AUGGCAGCCUUAACUACUGGAGAUGCUGAGGCUCCGGAAGGUAGAACUCCUGGGGAUGUCAUUUAUGACGCACUCGAGCAUCUCACAAGUGGAGAAUUUAAACGAUUUAAGAACAAGUUAUCAGAUUUCUCUUACCAAGGUGGAAGUUCUAUACCACGUGGACGCCUGGAACACGAAGACCGUAUUGCUGUUAAGGACAUUCUUGUAAAUGUUUAUGGAGCUAUGACAGCUCUAGAUGUGAUGCUUCAAGUUCUCAAAGCCAUUGGAUUCAGGGGCAUUGCAGAGAGACUAGUGAAAAGCAUUCAAACAGACUUGCAGCUUCUUCAAAUAUCACCAGAGAAAUGUCUAGAAGAAUACAGAGAGCAUUAUAUUGAUCACCUGAAGAGUAAAUAUUCAACUUUCGAGGAAAGGAAUGCUCGCAUAGGGGAGGUGGUUAGUUUGCAGAGUAGAUACACCAGACUGUUGAUUAUAAAGAAACAUCGUAAUGAGGUGGAGAGAGAACAUGAAAUAAGGUCUUGUGGCAGAAGGCACCUACAAAUAAUGGACAACAGAUCUUCCCAUGAGUAUUUGCCAACUGAUAUCGACCUCCUGUUUUCUCCUGAUGAGCAUAAAGUUGUCCCCAGAACUGUCGUUCUGCAAGGUCCAGCUGGUAUUGGUAAGACCAUGACCUCUCAAAAGAUCAUGCUUGACUGGGCCUCUGGAAAUCUGUGGCAAGAAAUGUUCAGUUUUGUGUUUUAUCUGAAUUGUAGAAAACUCAACGCCAUCACCAAAAACAUAAGCCUAGCCAAGCUUCUUUGCCAAGUGUGCCAUUUAAAUUAUGAGCAAGGCCUACUUAACUCGAUCUUCAAAGAGCCUGAAAAGCUCCUCUUUGUGAUUGAUGGCUUUGAUGAGUACAAAUGUUCCGUAGAGAUGAGAGCCGAGGUCUGUGAAAACCCUUUUCAAGAAGUCCCUAAACAAAUACUGCUAAACAGUUUCCUUAGAAAAAGAAUGCUCGGGGGGUGUUCACUGAUCAUCACCACAAGACCCUUCUUGCUGAUGAAUCUUCAGCAACUUGUUAAACACCCUCGCUAUGUGGAAAUUCUGGGAUUCACAGGAAAUGACCGCCAAGAAUACUGCUACAAUUUCUUUAAAGACAAAGGUCACGCAAACCUGGCUCUCAGUGUUAUUAUGGACAACGAUACUAUCUUCACCAUGUGCGCUGUCCCGAUAACAUGCUGGAUCGUAUGUACUGUAAUAAAACAGAAAAUUGAAAGGGGAGUUCAUGUGGUGAAUAAUUGCAAUACAACUACAUCUAUAUACCUGCUCUACCUGAAAAGUUUGCUUACUACAGGAUCCAACCAGGUAAUUACCUGUAUCAAAAAGUUGUGUGCUUUGGCUAAUGAAGGAGUUUGGAAUCAGAAGAUCUUGUUCGAAGAAGAAGACGUUCAAAGACACGGGCUUUCUUUAUUAGACGAAGAGUCUGCGUUCUUGAUCCAGAACAUCUUUCUCCAGGAUAUCGACAUUCGAACCUGCUACAGCUUCAUCCAUCUGAGCAUCCAGGAGUUCUUUGCCGCUCUGUACUACGUGCUGGUUGACGAAUCCGAAAGACACAUUACCUACGCUGCCAACGAACAUGCCGCCUGUUCAGAGAUUUGGACCCUCAGCCAAUUGCUGAAGACAUCGGUGGGAAAGUUACACCUGGAAUUAACUGUUCAGUUCCUGUUUGGUCUCGUUGGUGACAUUCACCAGACAAGAAGAUGUCUAGGUUGUCCGUUAUCUUUCAAUGAGAUUUCCGUUCUAGAAACGUGGCUGAAAAACCUUGGUUUUUCUCAUUCUUGCAGAAUAUUCAGACUCUUGUAUGAAACAGAUGAUGCUAACUUGAUUGAAAGGACUAUGUCUCGCUUCUCCCACAUAGACAUUAAGUCACGUGACUAUGAAUACAGGCUCAGCGAUAUGGAUUACAGAACAUUAGCGCACUGUUUGAUCAUUGCAGCUUUCUUGACAAUGAACAAAAACAUAAAGACAGAUGCAGCAUCUCUAAUCUCUUUACAUCCCAUCGUGGAAUACAAGAACUUGUCCAAAAACCGAUCUCUGAUCAAACUUGACCUGUCAGAGAAUAACCUACAGGACUCUGGAAUAAACCUACUGCACCCGGAACUCAAGCAUCGGAGCUGCAAUAUACAAGAGCUGAGGUUGAGGAAUUGUGGUCUGACGUCAUUGAGCUGUGAAGACCUCUGCUCUGUUAUAGCCAAAAACCGAUCUCUGAUCAAACUUGACCUGUCAGAGAAUAACCUACAGGACUCUGGAAUAAACCUACUGCACCCGGAACUCAAGCAUCGGAGCUGCAAUAUACAAGAGCUGAGGUUGGAGAAAUGUGGUCUCACCUCAUCCUCCUGUGGCUUUCUCUGCUCAGUUCUUAGAAACCCAUCUCUGAUCACCCUGGAUCUGUCAAGUAAUGAUCUGCAGGACUCUGGAAUAAAAUGUCUAAGCAAAAUACUUGGACAUGUUCGCUGCAGCUUGCAGAAUCUGAGGCUGAAUAAAUGUGGUCUAAGCUCGUUCUCCUGCGGUGGCCUGAGCUCUGUUAUUAUUACAAACCGGUAUCUGACCACCCUGGACCUUGCAAAUAAUAAUCUACAGGACAUUGGAAUAAGGCGUCUCUGUGAAGGACUCAAACAUGCUGAUUGUACUCUGCAGGAGCUCAGGUUAAAUAAAUGUAAUCUGACCUACUCGUGCUGCUACGAGAUUCGCUCCGCUAUUGCUGCAAACCACUCUCUGAUCAAGCUGUGCCUGUCAUACAAUAACUUGAUGGACUCUGGAAUCAAACUGCUGUGUGAAGUAUUGAGAUCUCCUGGCUGCACGCUGCGUGAACUAAGGCUGGAGCAAUGUGGCCUGACCUCGCACUGCUACGACGAUCUGAAAUCUGUCAUCAAAACUAACUUAUUUCUGACCACGCUGCACCUGAACACUGAUAAUAUAAAGAGCAUGAGAAAGGAAUUUCAGAAUCUCAAGCGCCCGCCUGCUGCUAAACUAGAUCUGAGGAUCCUUACACUGUCCUGA